AUGGGUUUAAUCAGCUUCCGAAAGCCAGACAUCUUGUCUGAGAUGACAUGGCGCGUGCUGGGCAUUUAUCUAUUUGUCUCGUUUGGAUCGUUUAAUUUCGGCUUCGACCUCGCCUGGUGGUCGUCCUGUCUCGGGCUUCAACAGUUCGCUGACGACUAUGGUGUCUCGCCGGGCCCUGGUCAGGCUAAUGUGAUUCCAGCUGCCUGGCAAUCUGCUGGAACAGGAACUCCAAACGCCGGGAUGGCAAUCGGCUGUAUUGUCGGCGGCUACUGCAAUGCAUACAUAGGCAGGAAAAUGACUAUAAUAGUGUUGGCCGUUGUAUCGAUUGUGGGUGUCGUGCUACAGUGUGCCGUUCCAUCAUACUGGGCUGUCAUCGCCGGCCGCACCAUCAACGGUAUCUCCAUGGGAAUGGAAGCCAACGUGAUCCCAACCUACAGCGCCGAGCUCGCACCCGCGGCCAUUCGAGGCUCGCUUGUGAAUUUCUAUCAGUGGUGGCAGAUUGUCGGCAAUAUCGUCUCUGCGGGCUGUAUUUACGGCACAUCGAAGACUUUGUCAGGGCACUGGCAGUAUAAGCCCGUCAUGAUUGCGCAAGCAGGCGUGCCAUUGAUCCUGCUCUGCGGCGUGUGGUUCAUGCCCGAGUCUCCAAGGUGGCUCCUCAUGAAGAACCGUCGCUCCGACGCGCAGACGGCCCUCGCAUCCAUCCGUAAAGGCAAAUCGAGUCCCAGCGAAGUUUACCUAGAGCUGUUAGUUAUUGAAAGCGCACUCGAAGAGCAACGAUCGCUCGCCGCAAGCACCACAUACUUUGAUUGCUUCCGGGGCGCGAACCUCCGCCGCACGCUCAUCGCCGUCCUCGUCCAGGUCAUGCAGCAAAUCCAAGGCAACAGCUUCAUGAACAACUAUCUCGUCGUCUUCCUGCAGCGCAUUGGGAUCCAGAACGGGCUACAGAUCUACCUUGCGCAGAAUGCGACACAGCUUGGUGGCGUUACGCUAUCGUUUUACUUCACCGAUAAGAUUGGGCGCCGGCCGCUGUUGAUUGUGUCGUCGUUUUUCAUGGCUGUGCUCAUGUGGACUGUUGCUGGGCUAGGCGCGUAUACUGAAAUACGGGGCUCAAGCAAAGCGCAAGGGUGCGUUGGUGCUAUAUUGAUCUACCAAGCGAUCGCAGCGGGCUGCUGGGGCAGCUGUACGUGGAUCACGACCUCUGAAGCUGCCGCCGCGGUGGUGAGGGAGAAGACCAUCAUGACCGCGACAUUUGUUAGUUUCUGUAUGGUGCUGCUGGUUACGUACAUCAACCCGUUUGUCCAGGACCCCGGGUAUGGAGAUCUUGGAGCCCGGGUCGGGUUUGUGUAUGGUGGGUGCUCGCUUCUGGCCCUUGCGUGGGCAUUCUUCUUCCUCCCGGAGCUCAAGGGGAGGAGCUUGGAGGAGCUGGAUGAGAUGUUUGCGAGGAGGAUACCUACAAGAAAGUUUGGUGACUACGUUUCGCCGACUGGGACUGAUGACACCAAGGCGCAGAAUAUUGCUGCAGAGAGUGAACAGGUUACCAAGUGA